CACAUCUGCCUCGGCCGGCAACAGCUGCCGCACGUGAUUUCGUAAUUGUGCCGGGGUUUCGACCAUGCAGGCGCGCCGCGCGCAGUCGCUUCCAUCCGCUCCUUCGACUUAGUUCCGAUCUCUUGGUGGUGUGCACGAAGCGCGACGCACCUCGUGUCUCCCCGGUCUGGCGCACAGGUACCACCUCGUAGUGCGAGGCGCACCUUCUUCCGAGGAAGUCGCUCGACGGAUGUGCGCGCGGUGUCUUCAGUUCAAAACAAGUGAAUCAAUCUCGCGAUGAAGCGACGUUCAAAGGGCGGCGCUGUGAUAAACAAACCGAUCGGCCGGCGUAAAAAGGCGAAGAGCGAUGAUAACCUGAACGUGAUGCUCCGCAUGUGUCUAGAGAAAGUCUGCGAGCUCCAGCACGAGCUGAACAAGGCGGACGAGUGCGAGGAGGACGCGCAGGCUGCCGGUUACGCCGCGUGCGCGAUGGAAGCGCUCUCCUUCCUCGCGCGCGAAGGCCUUCCGCAAGACCACCCGAUGGUGACGGCCCUCACCGAGAAGCUCGCCGGCGGCGCGGAUGCAGCCCCCGCCGAUGAUCACGACCAAGGUCAGGCCUGACACGUGCGCGCGCGCGCUCUUCACCCAGUCAAAGAAAGCACGUUCGAAAAUAUCGCUACAAGUGCUACAGGAUUUUAUAUAUAAAAAAAAAUUUGUAUUCGAGUCACGUAUGAAUCUAGUCAUUAGGCGUACUUUCGCGUUUAGAGCUCAGUGAAAAGCGCAACGGAUGAAAAAUGUCGCAACAACAAAAGCUCCGUGGCAACGGCAUGAACGGAAAGGAUGUAUUCAACGUCUAGUCAUUUUUGUUUACAAAAAAUUUAAUGUUAUUAUAAGAGACACAUGUCAAUUAAAUUUAUGCGUAGAGUAAAUAAUUUUUUAAAUAAACAUAAAAUAAACUCUGCUUGUCUUCUA